CAGCUUGGCAUGAUGGGUAAUUUUCACCUUUUAGGACUGGCACUAGUUCUCAAAUUUUUGGCGCCGAAGAAUGUCUGUUUUAUUCAGUUUUGCGAACGAUUCAAACUAUGUGAACAAAUUACGCUGAAUUUGCUACUCGAUUCUUUUAAAAUCCACUGUUUGUCAUUUGACGCAACUGUUAAGUCUGUGAGGGUUCAUCCGUGGCCUUAAAAGAGCGUUAUUUUGCUCAUUGAACUUAGUUAUGGCUUCAGCCGGACCACCGCUUCGUUCACAUCCAAGUUCAGAACUUGAUUAUUUUGAUAUCGACGAUAUAAUAGCUACACAAGGACGAAUUCCUUCUAAAUUAGAAGCACAGAUUUACAAUCUGGGCUUCUUAGAUCCCAGCUCAGAAGGAAACGAUCUGCAAGCUGGCGCAAAACUCGAACUGCCUCUUUGGCUGGCAAAAGAGCUCUGCAACAGAAGAAGAAAGAUAGUCACAGUGGACAUUCCGAAAGCUUACAAAGAUAGCUACAGGGAGAUAUUUAAGGCUGAUGCAAGUGUUGUGGAUCUUCAUCGACUAGGACCUUACUUCUACGAGUUUGGGACGAAGUUGCUUCAUUUUGAUUUCGAAGAAAAUUCCCAAAUGGCUUCUUCCAUGCAAGAGGUAUGUUUUUGGUGAAGGAAUUUGGAUGGCGGGGUGGGGUGGGGUGGUAAUAACUAUUUUCGUCAUGUGUGGGUGGGGAAUGUUUAAAGUCGAGACCCCCGGGUCAAAUGUUUUUUCAGUCGAAGGAUGUCCACUAGGCUCCAUUUCCAGUCCCUGUUCUAGAAACAAGCCCACACUCCUCCCCCGAACUGAAACCGAGCCUAGGUGUUCACCCCCAAUUAGAAUAUCUGGUUGUUGUUGUUCACAGGAUUACAAUGUUGCAUUAAGGUGGCUCAAAACAGUUUCCAGCACUUAGGUUUUGA